AUGCUCAAAAAUAUUUGGGAUAUGAGACGCCCAUCAUAAGAUCCAAAGAGUUGCCUUCCACCGAACCCAGCAGAGGAGUGGCCAAACAUGAAGUCCAGUCCUGCCAUCCAAGCUGCCAUUGACCUUACGGCGGGGGCCGCAGGGGGCACGGCAUGUGUACUGACUGGGCAGCCCUUCGACACCGUCAAAGUGAAGAUGCAGACGUUCCCCGACCUGUACAGGGGCCUCACUGACUGCUGCCUGAAAACCUACUCCCAAGUGGGCUUCCGGGGCUUCUACAAGGGGACCAGCCCAGCACUGAUCGCCAACAUCGCCGAGAAUUCUGUCCUGUUCAUGUGCUAUGGCUUCUGCCAACAGGUGGUGCGGAAAGUGGUUGGAUUGGAAAAGCAGGCCAAGCUGAGUGACCUCCAGAACGCGGCCGCCGGCUCCUUCGCCUCUGCCUUUGCCGCUCUCGUGCUUUGCCCCACGGAGCUUGUGAAGUGCCGGCUGCAGACCAUGCACGAGAUGGAGUCGUCAGGAAAGAUCGCCAGGAGCCAUAACACAGUCUGGUCCGUGGUGAAGAGCGUCCUCCGGAAGGAUGGCCCCUUGGGCUUCUACCACGGCCUCUCCAGCACUUUACUCCGAGAGGUGCCAGGCUAUUUCUUCUUCUUCGGCGGCUACGAACUGAGCAGGUCGUUUUUUGCAUCGGGAAGAUCGAAGGAUGAACUAGGGCCUGUCCCUUUGAUGUUAAGCGGUGGAGUUGGUGGAAUCUGCCUCUGGCUGGCUGUUUACCCAGUGGAUUGCGUCAAAUCCAGAAUUCAAGUUCUCUCCAUGUCUGGAAAACAGGCAGGAUUUAUCGGAACCUUGAUAAGCAUUGUGAAAAAUGAAGGAAUAACGGCCUUAUAUUCUGGACUGAAACCCACUUUGAUUCGAGCAUUCCCUGCCAACGGGGCGCUAUUUUUGGCCUAUGAGUACAGCAGGAAGUUGAUGAUGAGCCAGUUUGAAGCAUACUGAAGUGUCCCAGCGAACCGAGAUCCGAGCGUCGGCGUUUGAGGACUGCAGUUCAUCUCAGGGUUUCGUGGAGAACAAGACCGCUGUAGAAUUAUUUUUGUUUCAUAGGAAUUUUAUUUUUUGGUCUUUCCUUAAUUCUACCCUAAAUCUUAAACUUUAUGGAAGAACCUGUUUUUUUUUUUAAUAUCCUAUAAUUUCUGACCAUAAUUGCAUUGAAAUAGAAAGGUUGCUGGCUCUUGCCGUUGGUGGGACAUUUAGGGUGAGCCGCCAGCCCGAUGCCCAAAUGUAGUUCUGUUAAGGCUUUUGCAGAAACCUGUAGGUGUCCGUGCCGUUUGGAUGGGUUGCCUGUUGUUAGUACAGCACAGGUUGGCUCCGUGUUUAAUCUCAGAUCUCCCCAGAAAACCCAGAGGUUAGCAACCAUAUUUCAUGAAAUGGCUUUAAACGCAUACCUGACUCUCCUUGUAGAGGUAGGGCCUCUUUUAAAAUCUGCUUAGCACAUGCACUAAGUGGCUAACGUUUUUAAAAAGUUUUUCUGUGGUGCUUGAAAACUAAAAUAUCAGUCUAGAGUUCAUAGAAAAGAACAUACUUGCCUACUGGUGUGGCAUCCAUAUUAUUGAUGUUCGUUUAGAGUGAGCAUCUUGGAGGUUCCCAAGAUGUUGUCCUGUUAAAAUAGUGCCAUUCAUUUUCUAGGUGGGAUCAAGGCCGAGAGCAGUGUACCCUUACCUGUGCCAAUGUCUCUUCUCCUCUCCCAAAGGACUUCCCCUUUGCUGGGCUUUAAGUUGAGGAUGGGCUCUGUGCCUCUGUGCUCUGAAGACCGAUGGCUGACAGCAGCCCUUAGCUUCUGUCUCUGGGUUCCAGCCUGGGUAAGAUUCCAGAGUAUUCUUUGGGCCAUCUAUGGGCUGGCGAUCCACUUUCGACCACUCCCUUAUUGCCUCCACCAAUCAGAAACCCUUCCAGGGUGCAGAGUGCCAAAACCUAGAGAAGCCCUUUUCCCUGUCGGUGACUGAGUGAUGGUGCUUGCGGGCAAAGCGCUCUCUCCGAUGGAACUGGGCAAAACCUAGUGUGUGUUCUCCACAGUGAGUGAUGUUGGGGGCUGGCCCUUUCCGAAGUUUAUCUUGGGAUCCGUAACUGCUUGCCUUGUUUCCUAUGGUGUUGGAGCUUUUUACAUUUGGUAGUGGCAGAUUUUCAAAGCCCAGGUCACCUGGUCUAGGAGAAUCCUUCUUGUCACCACCUAGGCAAGUGCCGUCAUUCCGUGUGUUGUGCCAUGACUGGCAAGGACUCUCAGUAACCUGUUCGUAAGCAGCCUGUAAGGCUGAAAGCAAGCAGCAUGACAUGUGUCUGUCCCCUGUGUGUCUGUCAUUGUUGGCACAGUGAAAGCCUUGCAUAAAACUUCCAGUUUCCUUAAGCUCUGUGUUCUGCAGAGCCUUCGUGCAUGCCCGGAGCAGGAGGGUCAGGAAAGUGGGAUGUGCCCCAGGGGGGCUGCUGCAGAUGUCUGGGGUGGGGGACCCCAUGUUGUGCCUGCGGUGCUCUGGAGCAAGGUCAAGUCAGCCAUCUGCAUUUUUCUUGAAAGGAAAUAGUUUUCCUACCUUUUCUCUCCAUACCUUAAGUGGUCUGUUGCUACUGCGUGGUGCUUCUUAGGAACAGGUCUGGACCGAAGCAAAAUAGAAAAUGGGGCUGGCUUCUAGCAGGAAGUGAGCUACCUCAGAAUCCAUGAGCCCCUGCUGACGCCCGUGAGCCCAUCCAAAUCCAACCUGUUGGCAGUGGACCAUCUCCUGUGUUGUCCUUUUAAGAUUCAACUAAAUACCUGCAAGAGCAGCAGUCCGAGGAAAAGUAAGAGUAAGGAGUGAAACCUAAAUCAGGGGAAAUUAUUUUUUCCCAUCCUAUGUGCUUAAUUCAUGGUUCAGUAUUUGAAUACACUUUGUACCAUUUCAGAUCUGUACUCCAAAAAUAGUAACUUGAAAUCGUGUUUAAAGCAAUUCUGGUGUUCUAUAUCAUCAUUAAAUUAUUUACCUAAAAUUUGA